UGAAGCUCUUUGUAUUAUAGACAUGCAUCUAUUGAAGACUACAAAAAGUUAAUUGCAGGUUCCUCAUUCUAUGUGUAUAAGAACACGGCCGUUUAGGGAAGUUAGUCAGACCUUUUCGCAGUAAACUUCUCGCUAGUAUAGAGGGAAACCAUUGUCUUAAACAUGGCGGCAGGUUUUCUGGGAAUAGUUGUUGUAACAUCCUGCAUGCAAAUUUGCUUUGCCGUCUCAACUCUCAGUCCGAACUUUAGCGUUUCCGUACCAGAAGCCGUCGCUGUUGGGGAGACCAUUUUCAGCCUACCAGGGACCCGGGCUGGAGAAAAAGCGGAACUUCCGUGUGCCAAGCUGGAGGGAGAUCCGUACGGCCGCUUUAAUGUGACGAAGAACUGCACUAUUGUGGUCGCCAACCCGCUGGACUGGUCAGUACAGUCGGCAUAUCUACUGACAAUCCGCAGUGGAGUCCACAACACGAGAGUUAAGGUAGAGUUGAGUGACGUUGAGGGCUAUCCUCCUGUGUAUAACGAGACGUGUGAAACUCUAGCCAACCCUGACCGAAAGACGGGAGAUUUGCUGUUUCGAGUCAAGCUGAGUGCAGAAAUGGUGACAACAAGUGGAGACAUUGUAACGAGUAGUGAGUUAUACACAGACUCCUCUGAUCUCUGGAAAGCCAAACCUCCCGCGGAGUGGCAGGUUCAAACAGACAACAGCGAUUGUAACAUCCGAGUAAUUUCGUAUGACAAAAGCGGGGAUCAUCAGGAACCACUGCAAGAGCUCUUGCGGAACCAUGCACCUCGGUUGACGUGCACUUCUUUCUCCAAACUAUCUCGCAUUGUGAUAGACCUGUAUGAUCUCAAGAGCUGGGCAGGAACAACAGCGCUUGACCCGUUGAAAAGGUAUGCUCCUGAGUCUUUCGUCAAACGCAGCGAUCUCGGCAUCGUUCUAAUGUGGUCCUGGUCAUUCCCUACGACAACAACGGAAUCUUUUUCUUGCGAGGCACCAGCAGAAAUAGAAUUUACUAUGAGAAUGGGUUCCAUCAGAAUGUCAGCAUAUAUUGAAUAUGUAGACAUAGACAUGAAACCGGUGGGCUGCCCGGAUGGAAAAUACGGUUUACGUUGCCACAAAACCUGCAUCUGUAAGAACGGCGCCCGCUGCCACGGGUUUAACGGUGCCUGCAAAUGUCCGCCCGGCUGGAAAGGUGUGGCCUGUGACAUUCCCAAACAGGACGUCUCCAUCACGACGACACCUAGCGACCCUCGCCACAUCUACAUUUCCGCAAAUAUCACGUUUCAUUGCAAGUCAUACCAUAUCGAUGCUGAAUAUAUCUCGGUUACAUUUCCAAAUACAACAAAAAUAGUCAGUUUGGGUGAAAAUGAGAUUGACUUUCUAGUUUCGCACAUUCAACCAACCAACAACGGACCCUACACCUGCCAGGUCCGAGACACCCGGGGAAACACACUCAACACCACGUUUGUGCUCAAUGUUACCAACUGUGCUCCAGACACAAAAGGUGCCCGGUGUGAUGAAGUGUGUGGUUGCCUACAAGGUGCCAGCUGUGACCGCUGGGCUGGUUGUGUCUGUCCGCCGGGAUGGACAGGAACCAGGUGUCAGACAAAAUGUCCCCAUGGCACGUACGGUCAAGACAGUGCAAAGAACUGUAGCUGCCAAAAUGGGGCGAGCUGUGGUUCUUACGACAGCAGGUGUGAGUGCAAAGCCGGAUGGUACGGAAUGGAUUGUAGCAAACCGUGUAAAAACGGUCGGUUCGGUUGGAGAUGUCAGCAGAUUUGUACCUGUAAGAACAAUGCUGCAUGUAGCAACGUGGAUGGCAGCUGUGCAUGUGUGACGCCAUGGACAGGACCAAACUGUGACCAAUUGCAGACAAGCAAAGAUGAACAGCUGCUUGAAUUUCUGGUUCCACUGGGGUCUUUAGUCUUACUUGUUGCCAUAGUGAUGGCAAUACUCUACAAAACAGGCAUUCUGGCUUGCUCCGUGCCCGACGCAAGCGAGGAAGACAAGACACUUUUCGAGCUGAGGAGAAUGGAGCAGGAUCUAGCACAGAGUCUACAGCCGGGCUGGCUGGGACUUUGGGAGAAGAAGAUCAAAUAUCUUACUCCUGGUCCACUGAUAGGAGAAGGAAUGUUUGGACUAGUCAGAAAAGGAAAACUGCGCACACCUGAGGGAGAGCUUGCCGUUGCCGCCAAGACAGUUCGCGUCGAGGACUCACAGUCCUACCGAGACUUCUACAGAGAAUCGGCCAUUUUGGUAGCUAUGCACCAACAACGAGAUGGCGAUUGUCGUGAGUCCAACAUUGUUCGACUUGUGGGGCUCAUCACCAAGUCUGCCGAAAAGUACAUUCUUCUGGAAUAUGCCUCCAAAGGAGAUCUCUUGGGUUUGCUACGACGAUCUGGGAACAUCAAUGAGGAAGGCCUAAUUGGAAACCUUCUUGGAUACGCAGUCCACAUAGCACGAGCUCUACAAGAGCUGGAACGCUUGAGAAUCGCCCAUCGUGACGUGGCCGCUCGCAACGUCCUCAUCACUGCCGAUGACGUGGCCAAGUUGGCUGACUUUGGACUGGCCAGAGAUGUCUACGCCACUACUCAGUAUGUCCGAUGCAACCGUCCUGGCGUUGACGAACUCCUUCCGCUGAAGUGGAUGGCGCUGGAGUCCAUCGAGACCGGCGAGUACACCUGUCAGAGUGACGUCUGGUCCUUCGGCGUGCUGCUGUGGGAGAUCGCCACGCUGGGGAAAGAUCCGUGCUACGAUGGCAGGAUGCAGCUGAGCUUUCUUCAGAUGGUGGGGAUUCUGAGGCAAGGAAUACGGUUGGAGAGGCCACCGGGAUGUCCAGAGGACCUGUACCGACUGAUGAGGUCGUGUUGGCGCGACGUUCCAGAUACCAGACCGACUCCAGAAGGGAUAGAAGAGAGGCUGCUGCAACUGAGACGUGCACUGCUUCCACAUGACGUCGUUGAAAUAGGGACUGUCUUUUGAUGUCCAUGGUCCACAAAGUCAUACUUAAAGACGCUUUAGUGAAUCUUUAGAUGAACUUUGGCAAGACAUUGCCGAUUCCUGUAUUUUUCUGUUUUAUUGAAUAAUUUGAUUUCUUCUAGCUUUAGAAUAAAACUUUCUCUAGUAUUAGAAUAAAACUUUGUCAUUUAUUAUAAACAAUAAGUAAGUAGAAAAUACAACUAAAAUUUAUCAAUGUUAAUUCUUUACAAUUUUUACUACUAAUACCACUACUAGUAAUUCAUUUUAGCUCAAAAUAACCGUACGCAUUAAAGUACGUCCUGAAAUGAUACACUUUGGUAAA